CACACACAGACGCACACGCGCACACGCGCUCUUCUUCCUUUCAUCGCGUGAUUAUACUUUUAAAGCGCUUGUUUUUACAUUUUAUUUUUUUUAAUGCAGAGUGUUUAUAAAAUGUCAUUUGAGUGAGUCGACAGGCAGAAAGGAGUAAAGAUGAAGGUAAAGUCUGAUCAGAUCACUCAUGAUUUUACACCGGGGGAUAUAGUGUUUGCCAAGAUGAAGGGAUAUCCGUUCUGGCCUGCCAGAAUUGGUGAAGGAAAAGCCCCCCAAAAUAAGAUCCCAAUCUUCUUUUAUGGAACACACUCAACAACGUUUCUGUUCCCCAAAGACAUCGUCCCGUACUGGCCAAACAAAGAGAAGUAUGGCCGGACUACCAAACGUGGCAGGUUUGAGGAGGGCAUGUGGGAGAUCGAGAAUGACCCGGGGGUUGGCCUCAGAGGUCAAAAGAAAGCAGCUCUAAUGAAACGACUGGCAGAGAGUCACCUGCAAUCCAGGAAAGCAGUAAAUCAGAGUGAAAAGAAGAGCCAGACUGUUUCCCGUAAAGAUCCAGUGUCGAAGAGUGAUUCAAAAUCAGUGACGACAAAUAAAAGAGAAACUCCUGUGAAAAUCAACAGCACUCCCAAAACAAAGUCUGAAUCUGUUACGGCAAACAAGGAUAAAACAGCCGGACGAAUAUCGACCCGUUCAAGAGAUUCUGGAGAACAGACGCCCACCACAAGAGCCCGUCGGAUGAAUAGCGCUCUGCCUGCGAGGAAAGAGACCUCAGUGAACACGGUCACAUCAGGAAAGAGGAUGCCGCCUAAUAGAAAAUUUAAAUUAGCCAGACAAGCUGUUGCGGCAAAGACGCUUUCUGCUCGCAGGAAACACGUGCUGCGUACAAAGAUUAUUUCUGCAGCGAAGAAAAGGACGGAUUCGAAAAAUCAAAAAAAGCCCUUACGAAUCACACGAUCUACUGCGGGUCUGAUUGAGACUCGAGCUGACGUCACAGAGAGAAACCGAGUGAAACCGGCCAGUCUGAAACGCAAACGCUCAGAAACCGAGUCUGACGGAAAGGAAGACACUCUUAUUUCUCUUCCCACGACCAUCAGCUCCCCGCCGUCGAGUCCAGCAGGUUCAAAGAGGAAACGGCGUGGAGAAGAGGAGACUUCUGUUCCUGAAGUACCAGAUAAGAACGAGACCAAAAAGAGAAAGAGAGAAGAGCAGGAUAAUCGGAGAGAAACACACAUGAAGAGUGACGUUCUGAGCAUCUUUGAGAAGCAGGAGAGAAAAGACGAGAAGAAACCCAAAGAUGAAGAGCGCUGUAAGAUCCUGGCAGAGAAGAGGCAGAGUGUUUUGAAGUCUCUGCAGGGUUUGGUCACGUCCACCAGAGGAAAAACGCAAACAUCUACGACUGAACAAUCAACCACGGCUAAAACGACACCACACGAGGAGGUGCAGAAACAGCCCGAGAGGAAUCGUGGAGCCCGACGUGAGAACCGCAGCCCGAUGAAACCAGCAGAGGAGGAGAAGAAAGAUACAGAGCAGAACGGAGAACAGGAAACCAAGAACACCGACAGGACGACACCGCAUGUGGAGGUGCAGAAACGACCCGAGAGGAAUCGUGGAGCCCGAUGUGAGAACCAUGACCGGAUGAAACCAACAGAGGAGGAGAAGAAAGAUACAAAGCAGAACAGAGAACAGGAAACCAAGAACACCGACAGGAUGACACCACAUGAGGAGGUGCAGAAACGACCUGAGAGGAAUCGUGGAGCCCGAUGUGAGAACCAUGACCGGAUGAAACCAACAGAGGAGGAGAAGAAAGAUACAGAGCAGAACAGAGAACAGGAAACCAAGAACACCGAUACAACUGCGAGCAGGGCGACACCGCAUGAGGAGGUGCAGAAACGGCCCGAGAGGAAUCGUGGAGCCCGAUGUGAGAACUGGAUAAAACAAACGGAAGAGCAGAAUGGAGGACAGGAAACCAAGAACACCGAACAGCAGAACAAUAACAGCACGGAGGAUGACUGCAGAGAUCGGUCUCUGUCCGUCACAGACUCUUUACUCUACCGGCUCCACGGUGACAUCAGGAUCUCAAUGACACUCGACAACCCAGAUGUGAGUAAGUGUUUAUUGGCUCUGGAUGAGUUGAGUAAAGUCCCCGUCUCGUCUCGACACAUUCAGAACCACAGCGAACUCAUAGACACCCUCAGAAAGAUGCGCUGGUUUCGUGGCAGUGAAGCGAUCAUGUUUAAAGCUUCGAUGUUGUAUCACCGCUUUAAAAACAUCUACCUCAUUGGAGACGCAGAUGAAACUCUGAGUCAAGAGUACAUCCACACACUGCAGGAGGAGAGAGAGACAGAAGAGAGACAGAGAGCAGAGAGACAGGACGACACACAGACAGAUGCUGGAGCAGCUAUCGGUCUGACAGGUGUUAGCAAGAAGACCACAGACACAGAACAUCCGCUUCAAAACACUGAACACGUGUCUCACAGUGCGGCCGCGGAGCACAAGAGCUGACGGGACGGAACCGCCGCAGUUCACUUCCUGUUUUUAACUUCAGCUGUUCUACAUUCUGACUUUUAUUCACUGUUGGAGAAGUUUUUCUGCUCUUUCAUGCAGUUAUUUAUUUCCGCUAUGAAGAACAGAGAUUUAGUCAACAUCCCCCACCCCCAAUAUGACUCUUCAUUCUGUGUAAUUCACAAACUCCCGUCUCCUCACCGUCAGUAUUUUAAAACCUUUUCAUAUCUGAAAUCCUCAUACUGCUGGCCUGAGGUCAGAUUUGUACUUCGGUGUGCCAUCAUUUAUUCACCUCAUAGUUUAAUACCCAUAUUACUUUCUUCUGUGAUCUUCCUAACAUCCCAUUUUGUGUUCAUGUGGGUUUGGAACGACAAGAGGUUGAGUAAAAGAUGACAGAACUUUCGUUUUUGGCUGAACUGACCCUUUAACCCCAAUUAUGUUGCAGCCAGCAGCCCAGCGCAACGUUUGUGUGUCCAUUCUCAUUUGAAGCUUUACUUCAGUGUGUCAAGACACAAAUGCUCUUCGAGAGAGAAAGAGAGUUCGCUGGUAAAUGUCUGAUAUUUGUGUUCCUCCUGUGAGUCUGCCAUCAGCCCACACAACACUAUUAGACAGAGGUCACACCUCACCGAACACAUCUCUGUGCUAAUGUUAAGUUCUGAUCUAAGAAAGUGACUCUGAGAUCUGAUCUGUGUUAGUGUGUUUGUUUG